AUGGAGGAGGAGAAACUCUCAAAACUCUGGGAAGGCCUCAACCUGACAGAGAUAGAAGAAGAACCAAUUACAGUUGCUGCUCAAGACAUCAUGGCGGCAACUCAAAGAGGCAAAAACUGCCUGUUGGCAAAAGUUAUCACAGAAAGGUACUCCAACAAGGAAGCAUUUCACUCCACCAUGACUCAAGUAUGGAGGAACGAAGGAGGUAUGACAUUCACUGAGAUAGGUGAAAGCAGUUUCAUGCUGGAGUUUGAAAAUGGAAUAGACAAGCAGAAAAUACUACAAGGUAGACCCUGGAACUUUGACAGAAACCUUAUUGGCAUACAAGACAUUGAUAGCAGCUUGCCACCAAGUGAGGUGAGCUUCUCCCAUGAGCCAUUCUGGGUCCAAAUCCACAAUGUUCCUUUUGCUGGUAUGAAUGCUGAGUAUGGUAAACAGAUUGGGUCAUCAGUGGGCAAAGUUAUUAAUGUGGAGGUAGACAAGGUAGGACAAAGUUGGGGUUGGUGUUUGCGAGUGAAAGUCGAGCUGGAUAUCACAAAGCCUUUAGUCAAGGGUAAAUGGCUGCUAGUGGGAGAGAGGAGAAUAUGGGCAGCUUUCAAGUACAAGCGUCUGCAGAAUUUUUGCUUCAGAUGUGGAGUUAUUAUGAACCAAGGUAGAGGAUGCCCGUUACAAAAGUCCCAAGAAGACCAACAAUCCCAGUAUGGGAACUGGCUCAGAGCCGUGCCUCCCAAAGUUCCAAUGGGAGUAUCAAAGACCUAUGGAGGUAGAUCAACCACCAGUACUCCUGAUCAGAAAUGGCAACACUCAGGAAUGGAGGACAUUAACUGUGCAGGGCUAUCAAAAGUCCAUGAGGAUGAUUCGAGGCCUCUAAGACAGGAGAGGGCAGAGGUGGGAAGACAGCCUAUUCAAGACUCCAUGACAGAGGAAGAAGAUGUAUUACAUCACCAGAACAGGAGCCAAUACUAUACUCUGACAGGUGAGUAUCCUCUCCCCUCUAUAGUAGACAUCGAGCACAAUCUGGCCACUGCAGUAACAUGCAAUAUAGCCCAUACCACCCAGUCAAGUCCUACUUUCUCUACACCUGGGGAUAAACUAGAUGUGGACAGGGUUCAGGCAGAGAAAAUGGGAGGUUCCCCUAGACCCUAUAGACAAAUGGAGAUGUUCAGAGAAGCUCUUGAGUGGUGCUCCUUGAACAAGCUAAGGACAGAAGGACCAAAGUUCACUUGGUCAAAUAAUAGAACUGGCAUGAAUCAUACCAAAGAACUUCUAGACUGUGCCUUGGGCAAUCCAACCUAG